AUGGUGCGAGAAGGACAACCUCAAGGUAGAGUGACUUAUCAUUUUACUCAUGGCACAACUGAAAAAAGGCUGUCUGAACUACCAACAUAUCAUUCAAGUCUAACCUGCUUCAGUGAGGGGACAAUGGUGGCAGUCUGGGGAUGUUGCCCAAGUACUUGGAAGUCGUUUGGUUCCAGCUGCUACUUCAUUUCUACCGAAGUGGAUGUCUGGGCGAAGAGUGAGCAGAAAUGUGUUGAGAUGGGGGCGCAUUUGGCUGUGAUCAACACAGAAAUAGAGCAGGAUUUUAUUGUCCAGCAGCUGAAUGAAUCAUUUUCUUAUUUUCUGGGGCUCUCAGAUCCACAAGGCAAUGGUAAUUGGCAAUGGAUUGAUAAUACACCUUUUGAGAAAAAUGCCAAAUUCUGGCACCCAGGAGAGCCCAACUUUGCUCCAGAGCAGUGUGCUUCAUUAGUUUUCUGGAAACCUACAGGAUGGGCUGGGAAUGACGUUUUCUGUGAAACUAAAAGAAAUUCAAUAUGUGAGAUGAAGAAGAUUUAUCUAUGA